AGUCAUGUGACGGUACAAAAUGGAGUUCACCAUUGUUUCUAAACAAUUAACAGUGGCAACGGCUAUCAUUUUUAUUACCCCUUUUUAUUUGACAUUAAAUAACCGUAAUGCCUUUGCAGAAGCGAUUCGCUAUGAACCGAACUGGGAUUCCUUAGAUUCUAGACCUCUGCCCGACUGGUACGAUGAAGGAAAAAUCGGGAUUUUCAUUCACUGGGGUGUUUUUUCAGUCCCAAGUUUUAGCAGUGAAUGGUUCUGGUAUCACUGGCAAGGUCCCAAAAAAUGGAAGGCCAUAGAAGAUUUUAUGGCCAAGAACUAUCCUCCAGAUUGGACUUAUGCAGAUUUUGCACAACAGUUUGUUACCCCAACUGGAAUAUAUAACCCACGUCACUGGGCAGAAGUUUUUAAUGCCUCCGGUGCCAGAUAUGUUGUUCAAGUUACCAAACACCAUGAAGGAUUCACAAGCUGGCCGUCAAAGUACUCCUUCAAUUGGAAUUCAAUGGAUGUUGGCCCUAAAAGAGAUCUUGUCGGUGAUUUAGCAGCUGAAGUGAGGAAGUUCCCAAAUUUGAGGUAUGGAGUCUACCAUUCUUUGUUUGAAUGGUUCAAUCCUGUUUACUUGGAGGACGAGGCUAACAAUUACACGACUCAGAACUUCCCAUUUACCAAAUCCCUACCAGAGCUGUAUGAACUGGUCAACACGUACAAGCCAGAUAUUAUUUGGUCAGAUGGUUGUCCCAGCACUGACACCUAUUGGAACAGUACUCACUUCCUUGCCUGGUUGUACAAUGACAGCCCUGUGAAAGACACUGUUGUUACUAAUGACCGAUGGGGAGCUAACUGCAUCUGUAAACAUGGCGGAUUUUUGACAUGCACUGACCAGUACAACCCAGGUACCCUAAGUAAACGCAAGUUUGAAAACUGCUUAAAACUGGACUUCCAAUCUUGGGGGUACAGAAGAGACAUGAAACUGUCGGAAGUCAUCUCUAUUGAAAAGCUUCUACAAACUGUUGUCAAAACAAUCAGUUGCAACGGCAAUAUUUUGAUCAACAUAGGUCCCACAAAAGAUGGUACAAUUCCUGUUAUAUUUGAGGAGAGGUUGCGUCAGUUGGGCACUUGGCUUGCUGUCAAUGGGGAAGCUGUUUAUUAUUCUCGUCCUUGGGGCCAUCAAAAUGACACCGUGACCAAAAACAUUUGGUACACCCUGAGACCUGACCUGAAAGCUGUCUAUGCCUUUGUCUUUGACUGGCCGGAGAUCCAGCUGCUACUGGGAGCUGUAGUGCCAUCCGCUGCCACGGAGAUUACCUUACUGGGGUCAUACACUCAGCAGUUCCAGUGGGUUUACACUCAGGGUCAAGGACUAACCAUCCGCAUACCAGCUAUUCCUUUCAACGAAAUGCCUUGUGACUGGCUGUGGGUGUUUAGAAUUACGAAUGUCAGUAACUGGUAGUUGUUAGGAUUUCAACUACUGACAGGAGUGGUUUGGUUAGCUUUUCUAACUGUCCCCAGUGGUAAAUCAUCUUUCUUGUACUAGCUUUAUUAAUUAUUCCUUGUGGUAACCCAUCUUUCUUGUACUAGCUUUAUUAAUUAUUCCUUGUCCCCAGUGGCAACCCAUCUUUCUUGUGCUAGUUUCUCCAACUGUCCCCAGUGUUAACCCAUCUUUCUUGUGCUAGUUUCUCCAACUGUCCCAGUGGUAACCCAUCUUUCUUGGGCUAGUUUCUCCAACUGUCCCCAUGGGUAACCCAUCUUUCUUGUGAUAGUUUUUCCAACUGUCCCCAUUGGUACCCCAUUUUUCUUGUGCUAGUUUCUCCAACUGUCCUGUAUUUAUUCUCUAAGUGUUUCAAGGCCUACUUCCAGAUAAGGACUAGCUAUUAAGUUUUACUGUAAAUGUUUUUUUUUUACAUAAUUGAGGGUCUGAUCCAUAUUUUUAAUUUUUUUUAUAUUUUAUUUUACAUACCAGUAGUGCAAUUAUAUGUUUUUAUUAUACAAAUAAGCAAUGAACACAAUAAAAUAGUGCCAUACCAAUCUUCUUGACAAAAAAGAGUAAUUAAACAACACAGAUCUGAAUCUGACAUACUCAUGUACACAUUAUACAGCUUUGUAAUGAUAUUAUAGAUCUGUUAUCUAUAUACGUACUCACUAUAUACUUUAUACUAAACUCUUCAUUAACAAGCAUAUCCUUUAACAUGCACUUUCACUAAACCUCUUCUUUUUUAUCAAAUGUAACAUUCCAAGUAUUUUUGUCAAAGUAUUAUACAAUACAGAACUUAAGGUCUGCCAGAAAUUUUUUAUUUUGCUGAGUUAUACAAUUGUAAAAUCUGUUUUGUGAUUUUUAACAAUCUAUGCAAUUUUUAUGUUAAAAAUGUCACUUAAUUUGAAAAUUUUUAUCUGUUAAGGUUCUACUGAUUUCUUUAUUCAUAAUACCUAUAAUGAAUUUUUUAUUUCAUAUUUACAUUAAUGCUCAAAAAGUUUUAUGAUAGGUAUCAGUAAUCUGAGUAAUCCAACUAAAAUAUUAUUUUUUUAAAAUUGGUAA